AUGGCUUUUUUAAUGCUAUAUCCUGCAAUUACUGCUCUGGCAAUGUUUGUAUUGAUUGUUAUUAUAUUGAUAUUAAGAUAUGGUGCACGAUGGUGUAAAUUACGUCAUACCACCUUUGCUGAUCAAGAUUAUUACAAUGAAGAUGAUGCAUAUGAACAAAAAGUGUCUUAUGCUUAAAAUACUGGAUUAUAAUCAUGCUGACAACACUUGAACAAAAUAACCAACAUAAAAUACAUAUAACAGAACAUUAAGUCUUACCACUGCUUGAUUAGCGCUGAGAAUAUCUGUUAUUUACACUUUUGACUUAAUUUAUUGUAUUGUUGUCAAUUUAGUAUACAGCUAUAACACACAUAAGGAUGUAGUCAAACCUGCAUAAGCGAGAAACUCGGGUUAGAAAAAACAUCUACAUGCAAAAAAAUCUUGCUUAUCCAGGUUUAACAGUAUUUGUCAAUUAUCACCAUUUUUAGGGCCAGAGUAAAGUUGUAAACCAUGUAAAAUUAAUACUGACUAAAGGUGUUUUAAAUAUUUCAUAUGUUUAUACGGUAUUUGAUUUAGAAUUAGGAAAAGUAAUAAAGCUAUUUCUUUUUGU